AUGCAGAGCUCAACCACAUCAUCCGAUGCGCAACACGAACUGCCGGAGGGCCCUAGCGCUGAAGAGAAGACAUCUGAAGAACGACCAGCCAAGAGACUGAAAGCUGCACAUGAUGAACCUACUACUAGUACUGCGCCGAUCGUCAGAGCCGGUAUGCCUUACAACGCAGCCCGCACGAGCGCCCGACCUCGCGUCCCAUCUUUGCCGCGCCUACCAAGAUUGGUCUUCUCGCCUCGAGCAGAACAACCGUCACGGCAGGAUAUCGCUGCAGCAUCAAUCUCAUUCCCAGUACCACUGCCAUACGAGAGCAUCGUCGCCAUACAGGAGACCAACAAACUCUCAGAUAGCCUCACUACCGUCCACUCCACGACUAGCCCCGAACUCGACUCCACACCGGCAGUGAGUACUGACACCGAUCCUACUUCUUUGCAGCAGAAGUACCGCACUGCGAAGCACGAGCGCGACGUCGUGCUACGCGGCUUUCGUGCUCUUCAGGCAUUACGAUCUCGAGAUAAGAUGGUCGCGCAAAGCCCCGAGAUGCUGGAUGCUGAACUUGCGACGGCGCGACAGCAACUGGAGACCGCACGUGCGGAAGUCGAAGAGUCAGUAGCGCUGCAAGAAGCCUUACGCCGUCAAUGGGUUGCUGCUGAGGCCAAGAAUGAGUCUGUUCAGGAGGAGCUCGAGACUGUCCGCGAUGAGCUGAAGACUGCUCGCUUAGCUCGUGAGAAGACACAAGCCCAGCGAGAUGAUCUGCAGGCGCUAGUAAGCAGCAGAGAUGCCGAACUCAACUCUUUGCGAGUCAAGUUCGACAUGACAGCCGCUCUGAGUGAGAAGGAUCGAGCUGACCUCGACUCGCUGCGGGCGGAGUUACGUGCGACUAAAGCCGAGUUGGCUGUGGCACGGAGUAGGAAGCAGACCGAGACAUCUGCUAAACUUGCGACUUUGCCGCCCGAAGACGAUCUCAUGGGGGAGUUGGAAGCUUCUCUUCAAGCUGUAAAGCAAGGCGUUGGGCAACAUCAGGCGGAACUUGCGCACAUCCCGGAUCUCCAAGCGCAAAUACGCACACUAGAAUCGGAGCGCGGCGAAUUGAUGGGAUGGAAGCAGGAGGCCAUUUCCAUUCGCCAGGAGGUCACCGAGCGAGAGAACGAGGCGGUAGAAUGGGAGCGAAAGUACGAGGUUCGCGGUGUCCGGCUUGGGACGGUCAUUCGCGAGCUUCGUGAUCUUCGUGCUCGCGUUGGCUGGUGA